AUGAAGAUCUCCGCCGUUCUCUCUACCUUGAUGGUCGCUGGCCUUGUUGCCGCCGCUCCUCCUGCCGAGCGUCCUUCCGACCUUCAGAAUCUUCCCGUUCCCCUUCCUACCACUGACGCUCCUGUCCCGCCUAAGCAGGACAACGACAACGACAAGCGUGGAGAUGUUCCCCCGCCUAAGAAGCCUACUCUCCCAGCUCCUCCCAAGGGUCCCAAGGAGAACGACAAUGGCAAGCGUGGUGACGUGCCGCCGCCUCCUCCCACCGAUAAGCCCCUUCCUCCCAAGGAAGAUGGCAAGGACAAACGUAACGAGGUUCCCUUUCCCCCUAAGCCCACCGACAAGCCUGCUCCCCCUAAAGAGAACGACAACGGAAAGCGCGGCGAUGUGCCGCCUCCUCCCCCAACGGACAAGCCUCUUCCUCCUAAGGAAAACGACAACGGAAAGCGUGGGGACGUUCCCCCUCCCCCUCCCACUGACAAGCCUCUCCCCCCCAAAGAGAAGGAGAACGACAAUGACAAGCGCGGCGAGGUCCCUCCACCUCCUAAGCCUACCGACGACAAGCCCGUUCCCCCACCUAAGGAGAAUGAUAACGGAAAGCGUGGCGAUGUUCCCCCUCCUCCUCCCACCGACAAGCCUCAGCCCCCCAAGCCUGCUCAGCAGUAA